AUGGCCAAGACCAGAGGGACAGAUCUCGCGCAAGGCUUGGCGCCGCCCAAUGCGCCACCUCCCACCCGGCCUGGUGUCACCCUGAACGACGAUGUCAUCCGCGAGAUCACGGGAGAAUUGGUUUGUGAUCUGAACCAAAAGGAGACGGCUGUGCUCCUUCGUCUCAACAAAGUCUUCCAUGCAAGAUUCAGCAAGAAGGUCUACGGCCACUUCGACCUCGACUUCACCCUCUCCAAGAGCUUCUUCGGCAAACUGUUCCCCGAGUCUCUAGACCACUUUCUCGUGUUUGCCUACACCAACGUCGACCUCGUCCGUCCUCCCGGUACCCGCACCGACCUCGCGCCUCUCUACUAUCCCAUACACCAUCAAUACAUAGGAGAUGUUUUGUCCUGGAUCGACGACCUGCGACACAGGUUCAGGAAUCUCCACGACCAUACCGAAGCUCUUGUCAUACGCGAUGUGGAGGCGCUCAAGUAUAUCGCCGUCUUCCUCGUCACAUCCCUACAGCUCAUCAAAGGAGCGCCCCUACACGCCCAUCAGACACUUCCCUUCGAGGAAAGGCUGUUUCCUCAGCUCGGGUGGGUCGUCUAUCCGAAAGCUUUCGCUGCCGACUAUCGGCGUUUGAUUCCGGACGAAAGAAAGGACCCGUAUGAUGUCGAGCCGUCGACGACACCAAGAAAGACGACUUCACCCAUCACCUGCGCUCUACAUCUCGCCAGUCGAUGCCUCUUCAGCCCCCACCGAUGUGUACACCCUCUCCAUCCCGAAGAACAGUAUCCAUUUGCGACUGCCGACCUCGUGCUGUAUGACCCUACCUACGACACCGGAUACCUCGCUACUACGCAUCAUCUAGUCAUCCACAAUAUAGAUCUCGGCUACCUCAGAUGUAACUAUAUCGUCGAGCACCUCGAAUUCUACCUGAUAGGAAUAUCUCAACACAACUACGAGCAGAUGGCUGGGCACGAUGAUGAUACCGGAGAACAGGAGAGCUGGGAGGAGGUGGAGCGACGGUGGCAUGAGUAUGAGAUACAGAGUUGGCUGGUUGGUUUCUUUCACGAUUGCCAUAAAAUGUACGAGGGCUACCGUUCGGUCGAGCGCUCUCUCGGACGUGUAGAGUUGAUCGAGUUCAACAACACCAACGCCGAUAUUCGUCUUUGUUUCAAAAAGGCCCUCCGGCGGCUAGGAGGUGUCCCCAGAAAGUACGCCAGUAGAGGUUUUGACGAGCGGGAGUAUAUGAAGAACUGGGCUGGAAAGUUGGUCGCAAACAGGCCAGGGACGAAGAGGUGCGAGGGGUGCGGUGAGUCGGCUUAGUGUUGGUCUGUGAAGGGGUAAAGACGGUCAUUUUCGGUAUUCAGUCACCUAUUUUCUUACACCAUACCACAUGGUACGGAAUGCACAUUGUAUCC